AUGCCCCCUAUUACCAGAGCGCAGGCGAAGCACAAAUUCCCUGAUUUCUUGCCCGAGGCUUCCCGCGAUGCGUCACCAUUCGCUCUGAAACAGCCACAUAGAACCGGACAAAACACCAAGUUAGUCGACUGGAUCAUAUUGAACCCAGGUACAGGUGCGACAUAUCAGGAUCCAUCAGAUCCCAUUACUCAGCUCUUCCAACCUAUUUUCGAGCAAUGGGAUUACCGGUUUUAUCUAACACUUCGACGAUCUUGCCCGGUGGAAAGACCGCAGACUGAAUGGCUCAUGCUAGCCUGGGGCUCUGCCGAUAUAAGAAAUAAAUUUAUCAACUCAGCCGAGUACCAGUCUCUUACCGAGAUUCUUGCUACCUGGGCUUCCGAACGAUCAGUCCAAAUAUCUUUGAUCGACCUCUCCCAGACACUGGGAGCCGCAUUUGGUGAUGGUGUAUUCCAGACCCAGUAUAUUGGCCCAAUGGAGUACUAUGAGCUUAUGGCUGUGUAUUUUCCAGAGGAUCUGACAGACUCGCAUAUUAAAAAGCUGAACCGCACAAAUCCAUUUAAUCUAGGGAAUGUGAUUGGUUCUGAUAUAUAUCCCUUGGCAGGGUUAACAGAUUGGCAGCAUGGAUGGCUUGAUCGACCUGUGCUCUACCAAGGUCAACGCACCCGGUGUCUAAUUUACUUCUUGCGAUGGGAGAAUAGUGAUCGUGAGCAUGAGUACAAGAACUUUCGUGUCACAUUUAAUGGAAAGAUUAUAGAUCACUGGGAGGAGUUUAUGACCCCAUUGAGGCAAAAUAGGAUGUUAGGUUAUGAAUCGCAACAUGCAUCAUUUAUCAGACAGCCGCUCGGUUCAGUGCUUGGGGACUAA